AUGAGCAGCAAAAAGAUUGGUGAGAUUCAGCGAAACGAGGAGUUUCGAAUUCCUCUGGAGGGAGAGGGUGCCGAGGCCACGCUGCCUCCGGAGCAGUGGCCGCUUUUGUUAAAGAAUUACGAUCAAAUGAAUGUGCGAUCCUCGCAUUUCUCUGUUCUGGAGUGCGGUUGGUCACCUUUGCGGAGGCCGUUGAAGGAAUACGUGAAGUAUGGGAUGAUUAAUCUUGAUAAGCCGUCAAAUCCUAGCUCACAUGAAGUUGUGUCGUGGAUCAAGCGCAUUUUGAAAUGCGACAAGACUGGACAUGCAGGGACCUUAGAUCCGAAGGUAACAGGGGCUCUUAUCAUUUGCAUUGAUCGUGCGACACGCCUGGUAAAGUCCCAACAGAAUGCUGGAAAAACAUAUGUUGGUGUUUUGCGUCUUCAUGAUACGGUGAGUCAGAAAAAGGUUGUUGCGGCCCUUCAACGUCUUACGGGACCCUGCUUUCAAAGGCCGCCUCUGAUUGCCGCAGUUAAGCGCCAGCUCCGGGUUCGUAAUAUCUACUCUAACCAACUAGUGGAGUAUGAUAAGCAUCGCCACUUGGCUGUGUUUGAAACGCAUUGCGAGGCGGGUACCUACAUUCGAACACUUUGUGUUCACCUUGGGCUGAUUCUCGGAGUGGGCGGGCACAUGGAAGAGCUUCGUCGUAUUCGAACGGGGGUAAUAAGCGAAGAUGAUCACGUUUCCACAAUGCACGAUGUUCUUGACGCACAAUGGCUUUAUGAGAAUGAGAAGGACGAAACAUAUCUGCGCCGUGUUAUUCUCCCUUGUGAGUAUCUUCUUACAAAUUACAAACGUGUGGUGGUGAAGGAUUCUGCUGUGAAUGCCGUAUGCUAUGGUGCCAAGCUCAUGAUUCCAGGAUUAUCCCGCUUUGACAACGGAAUCGAAAGAGAUGAUAUUAUUGUCUUGAUCACAACCAAAGGUGAGGCCAUUGCGCUCGCGUAUGCUGAGAUGUCAACCUCGCAACUGGCGUCCGUGGACCAUGGCAUUGUUGCCCGAAGCAAGCGUGUCAUCAUGGAUCGCGACACAUAUCCACGACGGUGGGGUCUGGGACCUGUUGCCGUUAAAAAACGUUCAAUGAUGAAGGAUGGUCUUCUGGAUAAGUAUGGUCGCCCUCAGGCGAAUACCCCUUCAGAUUGGUACUACGUAGACUACGGUGGGGUGAAGAGCAAUGCAGAGGGUGUUCAGUACGGUGAGCCCCCAAGAAAAAACACAAAACGCCCUAGAAGCACUGAGGACGACUCGGAGUAA